CGAACCAUUCCCCACCCGCACCCAAACCCAGCCAACGGCCACCAUGGCAGCACCGCCGCCGCCGCCGGCGCUGCCGCCGGCGCUCCCGGACGACGUCGUCGAAGAGAUCCUCCUCCGCCUCCCACUCGACGACCCAGGUAGCCUCCUCCGCGCCUCCCUUGUCUGCAAGGCCUGGAGGAGCGUCGUCACCCAUCCCCACUUCCGCCGCCGCUUCAUCGGGCUCCACCCCCACCGGGCGCCCCCCGUGCUCGGCUUCCUCCACGACUGGGAAAACAAGCGCAUCCCAGACUUCGUCCCCACCACCCCCUCGCCCUUCUCCCUCGCCGCUCCGGACCGCCGGUUCUGGCGCCCGCUCGACUGCCGCCACGGCCGCGCCCUCUUCCUCUCCGACGACCGCCAGGAAACUCAGGAAAUCCUCCUGUGGGAGCCAAUCACGGGCGCCCAUCAGCGCAUACCGUUGCCCGCGGCGUUCAGGUGCGGGUGGCCGACCGCGGCCGUGUUCUGCACAGCGGACGGGUGCGACCACCGCGACUGCGCGGGAGGUCCCUUCGGCGUGGUCUUCGUCUUCGCCGUCGACGGCAGCGAAGAUGAAGAAGACUGGCACGUUAUCACAUCGGCGUGCUUGUACUCGUCGGAGACUGGCACGUGGGGCAAGCCGAAUUCGAGGCAAGACGAGUUCACAAUGGAAUUCGAGUAUCAUUCCAGCGUGCUGGUUGGGAGAUCUCUGCUCUACUUCCUGUCCGACGGUGGGGUGGUCCUGGAGUACAAUUUGGACAGUCCUGAACUGUCUGUGUUCAACACACCACCUGACGAUUACGGCAGUGAGAAAGAAAGAUUUAAUCUCGUGCUCGUGGACGACGGUGGUCUGGGGGUUGCCGAAGCCAUUGAUAUGGAGCUCAUAUUGUGGAAAUGGGAGGCGAGUGAUGGCACUAAUGCACGAUGGGUGCUGAGCCGCAUUGUCGACCUGUUUGAUGUGCUCCCAAUUGGUGUCGAUUCAGAAUGUCUUUCUCCAGUGUUGGGCUUUGCGGAGGGAGCAAACGCUAUUUUCGUGAAAACUGAUUCUAGUCUCUUCAUGAUCAAGCUGCAGUCGGAGCAGGGGGAAAAGGUGUGUGAUGAUCAUGGCUUCUGUAAUUUGAUUCCAGUUGUCAGCUUCUACACUCCACAUUCUAGGCUCCAAGUGCCAGGGGGUGAACACCACGGCCCAGCGGCACCGCCGCUGAACCUACUGAGGAGGGGUGGUCAGCAAGUGGCAUGGGAGGAGAAAUCACUAGAAUGGGCGCAGGUGCUGUUUGAUAAGGGGUGCAAGGCUAUCAAUGAGAAGGACUUUGCCAACGCCGCAAACUGCUUCAGAGAUGCUCUCAAGAUCAGGGUUCAACAUUAUGGAGACCUUGCUCCUCAGUGUGCUAGCACGUUUUACUGUUAUGGAUGUGCCUUGUUAGCUAAAGCUCGGAAGGCGACCAAUCCUUCAGGGGCAAACUUGCAUGGCAAAGGUCAGAAGGAUGGGAACAUGACAGGCGAUAGAGAUGAUUCUGAUUUGGAUUUGGCCUGGAAAAUGUUGAAUACUGCAAAGGUGAUAGUUGCCAAGAGUCCAGACAAGACAAUGGAGAAGGUUAAUAUAUUGAAUUCUCUGGCUCAAAUCUCCAUGAGAAGAGAGGACACAGACAGCGCAAUCGGUUACUACUUCGAAGCUUUAGCGAUCUUGGAACAUUUGGUUAGGCCUGACAAUUUUCGAAUUUUCGAGCAAAACGUCCGCAUUAGUUUGGCCUUCGGGUUAGAAUCAAAGGCUGGGGAUGCAAUCCCAUAUUGUGCAAAGGCUAUUUCAGUAGGCAAGUCGUGUAUGCAUAAUCUGAUAAAUGCCAAGGAAGCUUUGUUGUCUGCUAAAGGACAGUCAGGGAAGUUGACUCUAGAAGAUGAGAUAUCUUACCUUGCUAGAAUGUUGCCUCGACUCCAGAAGAAGCUUGAAGAACUGGAGCAAGCAAUGUCAACCCCAAACGAUGGCAUAGAUCAUAAUAAGAAGCGGGUGGUCUCAGUGACAAGUCAUGAGCAGAAUGUUAGCCGUGGUGUGGCAGGAGCUGCAUCUUUGACUUGUUCACAGACGUCUGGAUCAAACAACAGCUUUCAUUCCCCAACUAUGUCUACGGCAGCAGCAGCAACAGGAAGCACUGGAGGUAGUGUAACUGAGCUUGUGAUUGUUGGCAGAGACAUGAAACGAGCUAAUGUUGACAAGCCGAUCUCGGACGAACCUUCUCCAAAGAGACUUGCAGCAGAUGAUUCACCAUCCGUGAAUGAAAUGUGAUAGCAGCUAGUUAGAAGAUCUGAAACUGCCAAGAUAUGCCUGGAAUGCCCUCCCAAGAUGUUUACUAGUCUGUUCAUGAUCAAUGCUUAUUCUGUUGAACUGUAUGCAAGUAGGGAGAUACAAGUUUCUGUCAUUCAGUAUUUGAUCUGGUCACUAGAUAUUCCUAGCAUUAGCACACAAUAACCGAUGGAUCAUCAGUGGCUCUCUGCAGUGCUAUACUCAUCGGACUGCAAUUUUUGCCGUGCUCUGAUAAACCUUCCAUUGUUUGCUCUUUA